AUGUCCAAGGAGGCUUCUAUGUUCCAGGCUGGUGACUUGGUCACCAGCUCAGGUACAACCGACGAUUUGACUGUUCAAGAGCUCCCACUACCCAAAGACUUUUGCUGGGGUACUGCAACUGCAGCAUAUCAAGUCGAAGGUGGCGCAAACCAAGACGGCAAAGGUCAAUCCAUCUGGGAUACCUACACUCAUCUCAAGCCUCCCCGAACAAACAACGGGGAAACCGGUGACAUAGCAUGCGACCACUACAAUCGGGUCCCCGAGGACAUUGAACUUAUGAAGGUGUGCAGCGUCGACGAUUAUCGCUUCUCUCUAUCCUGGACACGAAUAAUUCCUCUCGGAGGCCGAAACGAUCCUAUCAAUGAGAAAGGAAUAGCUUUCUACAACGACUUCAUCGACCGGUUGUUGGCACGCGGGAUCGAGCCUGUGGUGACAUUGUAUCAUUGGGAUGCGCCGCAGACUCUCUACGAUCGUUACAAGGCCUUUCUUAAUACCGAAGAGUUCACUGCCGACUUUUCCAACUAUGCAAGAGUAUGCUUUGAUCGCUUUGGCGAUCGUGUUAAGAAAUGGAUCACGUUCAACGAGCCAUAUAUCAUCUCCAUCUUUGGUCAUGUCAACGGAACACUUGCGCCAGGCCAUCGCGCAGAAGACGGUUUCGAUACAAAGAACGAAACAUGGCGCGUCGGCCUUACCUAUGGGAUGAUUGCGGCCUAUAAGGUUAAGCUUUAUGCGAAGGAGUUUAAGCCUGCGCAACGGGGAGAGAUCUCUAUUGUGCUGAAUAGCCACUUCUGA